AUGCAUGUUUUUCCAAAAAAUAUGAAAAAUUCGAGUUGUAAUAAAAAUAAGAAAACUAAUGAAAGGCAAAAAGUUUUAGAUUUUCCAAAUGAUCCAAAUGAGUUUGAGAAAAGUAGUGAUUCAGAUAAAGAGAUAUCGGUUGUUAAUAGAACGAUAAAAUCUAAAAUAUUUAUGUCACUAGAUAAAGAUAUUAAAAAUAAUAACAAAAAUAGCACAAGUAAAAAUAAAUAUGGAAAUAAUUCCCCAAAAUUAAUACAAGGGAGUAUACAAAAGGCAAAGAAAAUUGAUGAAGCAGAAUUUACAGAAAAGAAUAAGACAUUACCAUCAUCAAAUAAAUUAUCAUCUUCUCUUUAUUUGGCAAAAAAAAGUGAAAAGUCUUUUAUACCUAAAAAGAAUACUAUUAUUAACGAAUCUGGAAUAUUAGAUACUAUAAAAAAAUCAGAUGAUAAUUGCUUAGAAUCAAAAUGUAAUAUUUAUGAGACAAAAUCUAUUGGGAUAAAAAAAGAAACAUAUAGACAUAAAAAUAAUGGAGAGUUAGAGUAUAGUGAAAAUAAUGCACAUCACAAACUUGAUAACUCAAUAAGCCAAUCUAAAAUAGAUGAAUACAACAAUGGAUCUGAUGAGCAUUUUACAGAAAAUUAUUCUUACAACAAUUUAACAGAAAAUAAUAACAGUUACUAUUAUCCCCUAAAAGAUUAUAAAAUAUCUCAUCAAUCAAAUGAUAAUAAUUACAUUUAUAGUAUAAAUAAAAAUUGCGUAUUAAAAAAUGAACCAAAUAAUGAUACUAAUAGCGAAGUUAUCAAAUAUGGGAAAUUUGAACUCGAUGAAAUAAAUAAAGAAUUAGAAAAAAUUAUUGAAGAAGAAAAUGAUAUACACGAAAAAUUAAUAUAUCUCACUAAUAAAGAACUUGAUAUAACUUUAAAAGUUAAACAAAAAAAUAAUGAGAAAAACUUGUAG